GCAAAACAAACUCUUAACACGCGGUAGCAUGAGAGUUGUGUCUGACUAUUUACGGUAUAUAUAUCCCAGUGUCCGGUUGGAUUAAUGUGUUAAUACAUCCAUGAACACAUUUUAGAAAAGGCGUGAAUGUAUACGAAGUCAAAGGUUAGAUUGUGUGUGUAUAAAACGAGAGGUGGCUCGAUCAUCAGAGGUCAUAGGUCAAUAGUGGACGUGACAUACUGACACAAUGUAACGGUCAUCAAAGGGUACAGUGGUGGACACGGAGGAGUGUUGACCUCUAACAGGCAUGGAAGGUCAAACAGAGGUCAAUACUGGUAACCUUGACCCUUGUGUGGAGAAUAGGGAAAGGAGUAAAGUUACCACUUCUGACCCUUCUCAACAAACUGUUGAAGGUCAUAUAGAGGUCAUUUGUGAUAUCAAAGAUCCAAGCCUUGUUCCAGUUGAACAGGUCAGUGACUCCGAAGGUAAUAUAGAGGUCGGUGGUGAUCUUAUGGAGCAUGAACCAAAAGGGCAGGUGGAACUAUCGAACCAAGAACCGUCAGAUGGAGAAGUGACUUCAACAAAGUCUUCUGAUGUGGGGUCAGAAGAGACUAUGGACCCUGAACUUAUAGAUAAAGGAUUAAAGGAGUUGAGCAUAGAGGUCACGACCCCUGACCCCUCACAUCGGGGGCUAAUAUUUAAGGGUGUGUCCGUUUCCAUUGGCAACACUUCCAUUCUACAGAAUGUCUGUGGGAUGUCAGAGGAGGGUAAACUCCUUGCCAUCAUGGGACCGAGCGGAGCUGGAAAAACUACCCUCCUGAAUGCCUUGUCUGGUCGGUUACCCUUGACAACAGGUGAGAUCUCCUUGAACGGAGUGCAUAUCUCAAUGAAAACCAAACGGAAAAUAGGCUACGUAUUACAGGAAGACAUCUUCUUCCCAAGCCUGACACUCAGGGAGACCCUUCAUUUUGUAGCCUGCAUCCGCCUUCCUGAUACUCUGUCACAUGACCAGAAGAUGUCCCGUCUGGACGAGAUUAUUAACUCGCUGGAACUCGGCAAAUGCCUGGACACACCGAUGGGUGGUCCCAUGAUGCCGGGUCUGUCUGGAGGCGAGAGAAAACGGGCCAGCAUUGCUUGUGAUCUUCUGAUGGAUCCCUGGCUUAUACUACUGGACGAACCAACGACCGGCCUUGAUUCCAGUAGUGCAGCCAGCCUGAUGAGGACGAUGAAGGAUUAUGUCGUCACUCACAACAAAAUGGUGGUGGCCACAAUACACCAGCCCUCUACAGCACUGUUCUACUCGUUUGAUAACCUCCUCCUUCUGUGUGGAGGACAGACGGCCUACUAUGGACUGACAGCUGAAGUUGUCCAGUAUUUCCGCAGCAUCCACUUCCCAGUACAGCCCGGGUUUAAUCCAGCAGACUUUAUCUUGGAUAAAAUGAAGAACAGUGAGAUAGUCCAACAACAAAUAAUUGAAUCAUGCAAGGAUUUACGCCGGUCAGAUAAAUGGCCACAAAUAUUAAAAGGGAAAGGACUGGAGUAUCUUGAUGACCCAGAGUCACCGAGCAUGUUGCAGAAGUUCCCUGUUAUAAAGAGGCACAGAACACUGUGGAGCAGGUGGUGCUCACAGGAAGUGGAAAUCACAGAGUGUGAUGUAGGAGCCCAUUUGAUGGAGGAGAAUGUUACAUUUAGUGACACACCCAAGUUCCUUACCUCUUUUUCUACCCAGUACAAGCACCUUGCUAUCAGGACCUUCAAACAGUCACGGCCCCGCAUCCUUGACAGACUCAAGCUCCUGGAAAAUAUUCUUAUCUUAGCCAUUUUCAGUCUCAUUUGGUUUCAACUUCCCCGAACUGAGGACACACUUCGUGACCGAAUGGGAGCGAUUUUCUUCAUUGCCAUCCAUUGGGGUUUCAUGCCAUUGUUUGAUGCCACAAGUUCCUUCCCUAUGGAGCAGGCUGUGAUCUACAAGGAGAGGGCCAGUGGAUGGUACCGCCUGUCCGCCUACUACCUAGCCAAGAUGACCAGUGAACUCCCCCUGAUAUUUGUCCAGCCCUUGUUAUUCCUGGUGGUGGCCUACUGGACGAUCGGCCUCAAUGGUGCUGUGGCUUUCUUCGCUACCAUUGGAACCGUGUUUAUAGACUCGUUAGCUGGACAGAGCAUCGGUUUGUUCCUGGGAAUUAUAAAUAAAGAGAUGCACCAGGCCAUCACUGUAGCCAUUCUGAUCCAGAUGUCAAUCAUGUUACUCGGUGGACUUUUUACCAGAAACCUUCCUUUCUGGCUAGAUUGGCUGAAAUACUUGUCUUUCCUUCACUACUCAUUCCACUGUCUCAUGAUUAUUGAGUUCCAGGAUGGACCUCCUAUCAUGUGUUCUGAAAAUCGUAACGCGUCAGUCUUUGUUGGAUGUCGGAACCCCAAUACCACGUCCGUGCCUUCACACCUUGCCUUGGAAUAUUUUGAUGUUACGUGGGAUUUCUGGCAGUAUUUUCUCUUCCUGUUUGUAUUUAUUGUGUUUUUUCGUAUCCUAGGUUACAUCAUUUUACGAUUUGUAAACAAACCAGAUUAGUUUACUAAUACUGGGAAUUUGUUGUGUUUCAAGUGUUGUGUCACAUGUUUGUGUUCAUAAAAAUGGAAUUAUAACUAAAUCUGGUCGAAUGGCUACAUUUGUAUUAUAUUUUAUAUUUAUAUACUGUACAGUGGCAGAGUUGUCUCCCUUCCUAUUAUAUUUAUAUUUAUCAAUGUAACCAGAUUAUGUAGUUAUAACAGACAUCAGAAUGUGAGGGAGAUUGAAGGUUCAAAUUCUAUGCUAGAUGUUAGUCGAUAGGGAAAAUGAGGAAAAGGCACAAUUUUUCCACAAAAAAAAAAAAAAUCAAAAUUGGGUCCUAGUGGAAAUGUAGCCUUUCUGAUGAUUAAUAUUCAAAUUGAAGGUGAGAAGCCUUCAAGUUGAAGAACUUGUAUACAUUCCACUCUACAUAGGAAAUUGUAUGGAGGCAUUAUUGUAGAAAUGUGAUUAUCAGACUCAUUUGUGAUGCUAACAUAUGUAAGUUUGAUUAUCAAAUCACCAUCAAGAAGUCGUAGCCAUUAUAUAUAUAUAACCAAGUCUACUUCCAGGUUUAAUUUUGUACAGUCAAACACUACUUAACUGAGAUUGCUUGAAUGGAAAUAUUUUUGUACUAAAUGGUAAAUUUAUAUUAUUGAUUCUCUACAAUGAUAUAUUUUUGGAGCUUAUUAUGAUUGCAAUCAGUUGUUUUUUUUCUACUCUAAUGAAUGAGAUAGAAGUACUGAUGGUGCUUCGUCAGUCGGUAUUUUAUGAUUAUCUAGAUUUAUCUAUAUCAGCAUAAUAUGUCCUUUUCUAGCUGACUGGCCUUAUUUUCACAAACAAUUCUUAAAUUGAGGGAAUUCUUUGACAAAAAUAUUGCACUAUAAAAGUAUUUAGAAGUUUUGUUAUGAAUUGGGUUUGUGUAGUAAAUUUUAAAUCAAAGAAUGUCCUGAAUUAUAAGGAAUGUUUUGGAAACUGAAGCCAGAUCUAUGUAUGUCCAUAUGUGGUAGACGUCAUUACUGUGGUAUACAUGUCUGUCAAGUGCAAAUGAGGUUGUGGUAUAAUGAGUGUUCCAUCAUCCGUCCGUCCGUCCAUCUGUCGACAUGUUCUUUUGAACAGCAACAGUACUUGUAAAGAACCAUAAAAAUCCAUAGUGACAUUGUAUCACCUGGAAUGUAAAGACCAUAAAGUUUCCUUGUGUAAAUAACCUUGAUCUACUUCUAAGGUCAUAGGGGUCGAAUUUGUUUAAAAGUUUUUUAAGAAUCCUCAUGUUCUGAAAUACUCAAGGUCGUGGUAUAUUUAGCCAAUAGGUACCAAGGAUGGAUCAGGUGCUAAAAUGCUUCCUCAUCCUUCAGGGUCACAGGGGUCAAAUAUAUUAAAACUAUUUUCUAGGGAACUGGACUUAUUCAAGACAAUGAAUUGAUAUUUGUUAGUAUUUUAAACAGAACUGUUAUAGACAUGAGUGGGCUUAUUGCCAGAUUUUAAACAGAAACAGACAUGAGUGGGCUUAUUGUCAGAUUUUAAACAGAAACAGACAUGAGUGGGCUUAUUGUCAGAUUUUAAACAGAACUGUUACAGGCAUGAGUGGGCUUAUUGUCAGAUUUUAAA